AUGUCUGGCGUGUCCGAAACCUUGCACAAGAAAGAACUGGGAGACCACCACCUCGCUCAUUCCCCCUCCCCUGUAACUCUAUUAGCCACCAUGUCGUCAUCAGCAAUACAGCUUGCUAACCCAAAAGCCGAGGUGGCUCGCCAAGGGCAGGCCCUCAGCAUUAACAUCACUGCCGCGGGAGGUCUGCAGGAUGUAUUGAGGAGCAACUUGGGGCCGAAGGGUACUCAGAAGAUGCUUGUGGGUGGUGCGGGUGAUAUUAAGCUCACCAAGGAUGGUAAGGUGCUCCUCACGGAAAUGCAAAUCCAGAAUCCCACGGCAGCGAUGAUUGCUCGGGCCGCUACGGCGCAAGAUGAUGUUACCGGUGAUGGAACAACUUCCAAUGUAUUGCUUAUUGCCGAACUUUUGAAGCAAGCCGAGAGGUUCAUCGCUGAGGGAUUGCAUCCACGUGUGAUCACUGAAGGAUUUGAUAUUGCCAAGAAAGAAGCUCUUGAGUUUUUGGAGAAGUUUAAGAUUAAGCAGGAAAUUGAUCGUGAAACAUUGCUGAACGUUGCACGGACGUCUCUACGGACCAAAGUUCGCCAAGAACUGGCUGAUGCUUUGAUGGAAGCGGUUGUCGACGCGGUACUCUGCAUUCGUAAGGAAGGCGAGCCAAUUGAUCUCCACAUGGUUGAGAUCAUGAAGAUGAUGCACAAGAGCGACACGGACACUAGAUUAGUGAAGGGUCUGGUAUUAGACCAUGGUGCACGGCAUCCAGACAUGCCAAAGCGGGUUGAGGACGCCUUUGUGUUGACCUUGAACGUGUCACUGGAGUACGAGAAGAGUGAAAUCAAUUCUGGGUUCUUCUACAGUAGCGCUGAACAAAGAGAGAAGUUGGUAGAAUCCGAGAGGAGAUUUGUGGACCAAAAACUGGCAAAGGUUGUGGAGCUGAAGAAGCAAGUAUGCGACGGGAACAAGAAGGGCUUCAUCGUCAUCAACCAGAAGGGUAUCGAUCCCUUGUCUCUGGACGUAUUGGCGAAAAAUGGCAUUAUGGCGUUGCGUCGUGCUAAGCGAAGGAACAUGGAAAGGCUUCAACUGUGCUGCGGGGGUAUUGCUCAAAACUCUGUAGACGACCUGACCCCAGACAUCUUGGGUCAUGCCGGCCUUGUGUACGAACACGUGUUGGGAGAGGAAAAGUUCACCUUUGUAGAGGAAGUGCAGAACCCACGAUCAGUCACUAUUUUGAUGACUGGUCCCAACGCCCAUACACUCCUUCAAAUUAAUGACGCUAUUCGGGACGGUCUGCGUGCCGUGAAAAACGCGAUUGAGGACGAGCAUCUUGUUCCUGGCGCUGGUGCGUUCCAGAUUGCGCUGCAUGCGCACUUGAUGAAGUUCAAGGACAGCGUGAAAGGUCGGCCCAAGAUGGGUGUCCAAGCGUUUGCGGAUGCAAUGUUGAUUAUUCCCAAGGUGCUAGCCCAGAAUGGAGGAUUUGACGUGCAAGAUGUUCUUGUAGCCCUCCAGGAGGAAUAUGCCGCUGGUCACAUUGUGGGAAUUGAUCUUACAACUGGUGAGACUUUGGAUCCUGUAGCUGAGGGUAUCUGGGACAACUACCGCGUUCACCGUCACAUGCUGCACUCAUGUGCCGUCAUUGCAAGUAACUUCUUGCUAGUGGAUGAAAUGAUGAGGGCGGGUCGGUCUAGCUUGAAGCAGUCGAAUGUAGAGUAG